UUGUCGCGAAGCGGUUGUCAACAAGUUUUAAAUGAGACCCGGGAGAUAAUGAAGCUAAUUUAUUAAAAAUACUUAACAAUUUUUAACGGUCGAAUAACUAUAGCCUAGCCCUAAGUGAAUUAUUUCUAUAAUCUAUUAUUUAUUGUUAACUUUUAAAACAGAACAUGAUUUAUUAGUGUGUAUAAAUUACAUCGUUUUUGAAUGUUACAUAAUAUGUGUGCGUGUACGUAAACGAAAGUCAUUAUCUGAACAAUUAUCAGUUGAUAAUAUUUGUAUUGUCAAUGACGUGGUGGUACUAUAAUUGAGUAGGUAUAAUUAAUAGUUGUGUUAUCAUCGCAGCGGUAAUUCGCGUUCGUGGUUAUAAACGAAAAUUAAAAUGGGAUUAAAAUAUAUAUUUAUUUUAACGGUUUGCGUUUUACAUACAAAUGCGUGGUCCGACAACAGGCUUCGAAGUUUUAACAAAGAUUUUAUGUUUGGCGUUGCAUCAUCCGCCUACCAAGUAGAAGGUGCCUGGAAUGUCGAUGGUAAAGGUGAAAGCAUGUGGGACAGAUACCUUCACACCCGACCUGACGUGAUAGCUGAUGGUAGGAACGGUGAUGUCGCCAGUGAUUCCUAUCACCAAUACAAACGAGAUGUCGAAAUGUUGCGUGAACUCGGCGUAGAUCACUACAGGUUUUCGAUUUCUUGGCCACGGGUGCUUCCUACAGGUUUUACAAACGUUAAGAACGAAAAAGGUCUCGAAUACUACGAUAAUUUAAUAAACGAAUUACUUAAAUACAAUAUAGAACCGAUGGUCACGUUGUACCAUUUUGAUUUGCCCCAAACUUUACAAGAGUUGGGUGGUUGGGCCAGUCCUCUAGUGGUUCAGUGGUUUGAGGACUACGCUAAAGUCCUUUUCGAAAGAUACGGAGAUAGAGUCAAGUACUGGAUAACUAUAAACCAACCAUCGUUUUGUUUUGAAGGCUAUGGAGGUAUAAUGGCUCCCGCACUUGAUUCUAAAGGAAUAGGAGAUUACAUGUGCUUGAAACAUGUUUUACUUGCCCAUGCGACGGCCUACAGAUUGUAUGAAAGGGAAUAUAAGAAGAAAUAUAAGGGUUCCGUCGGUAUAUCCUUAUCUCUAAACUACGGUUUCGGAUUCGACAAUAAAACAGAAAAUGAAGAGGCGGCUGAAAUUUAUAGAGAUUUUACUAUUGGUAUGUACAUGAACCCAAUUUGGUCGAAAUACGGCGAUUUCCCGAAAACGGUGAAAAGCAGAGUAUUGAAAAAGAGCAAAGAGCAGGGAUAUGAAAUGUCGCGUCUACCCACAUUAAGCCCGGAGGAAAUUAAACUUUUGAAAGGUUCAGCUGAUUUCUUAGGUGUAAAUCACUAUACGUCAGUGUUAGUCAAACCUCAAAAAACCGAAAAGUUUGAAGUACCGUCAUUUGAAGAUGACAUAGGCGUUGAAAUAUCGCAAAGUGUUCAUUGGCCACAAUCAAAGAGUUCAUGGCUGAAAAGUUCCCCAUUCGGAAUAUACCGCCUAUAUAUGUACAUAAACCAAAAAUACGACUACCCUCAGACGUUUAUAACAGAGCAAGGCUGGUCCUCCGAGCCGGGUCUCAACGACCGAACGAGGGUAGAUUAUUUAAGGGAAUAUUUAGUCGCAGUUUUAUUUGCUAUUGAAGAUGGAGCUCAAAUAAUGGGUUAUACUGUUUGGAGCUUGAUGGAUAAUGUUGAGUGGGUUGCUGGCACGAGUGAACGUUUUGGCCUGUAUGAAGUAGAUUUUGAAUCUGAAGAAAAAACGAGGACAGCUAGACUGUCAGCACUAGUCUAUAAACGAAUAAUACAGAAGAGGAUUGUCGAAAAAGAUUGGGAACCAGAUAAUUGGAAAAUAUCCAUAACACAAAAGAAGAAAAAAGAUGAAUUGUAGAUUUAUUUAUAAGUGAUUUAUUAUUACAAAGUGUUACAAAAUUA